CCCCUGGCAGGGAUCCGCCUGCACUUCCACGCCCUGGUGAAGGGCCUCACCGCCCAGUCGGCCUCCAAGGCCCAGCUGGGCCUCGGCCACAGCUACUCCCGGGCCAAGGUGAAGUUCAACGUGAACCGCGUGGACAACAUGAUCAUCCAGUCCAUCAGCCUGCUGGACCAGCUGGACAAGGACAUCAACACCUUCUCCAUGCGCGUGCGCGGCGCGGUCCCACCUGGGUACCACUUCCCCGAGCUCAUCAAGAUCGCCUCGGAGAACUACACGUACUGCCGCCUCGCCAAGUUCAUCGGGAACCGCAAGGAGCUGAGCGAGGAGAGCUUGGAGGGGCUGGAGGAGAUCGUCAUGGACGGCGCCCGCGCGAUCCUGGAAGCCUCCCGCUCCUCCAUGGGCAUGGAUAUUUCCCCCAUCGACCUCAUCAACAUCGAGAGUUUUUCCAGCCGCGUGAUCUCGCUGUCCGAGUACCGCAAGGGCCUGCAGGAGUAUCUCCGCUCCAAGAUGAGCCAAGUGGCUCCCAGCCUCUCCGGCCUCAUCGGGGAAGUGGUGAGUGCGUGUCCCGGGCUCGCCCAGGCCGCGGACGUGAUGUCUGAGCCGCCGCGCAAGAACCUGGAGGUCAUGAAGGAGGCCAUGGUGGAGGCCAACGAGGUGGUGGCUGAAGUCAAGAAGAAGCAGGAGAAGAAAGAGAAGAAGAAGAAGAAGCGUGAGAAGCGGCGGCUGGAGGCGCUGGCUGCGGCUGCGGAGGAGAUGGAGAACUCGGUGCUGGAGACAGAGGAAAACGAGACAGAGCCCAAGAAAAAGAAGAAGAAAAAGAAGCAGCAGCUGGAGGCUGCCUCAGAGCCAGAGGAGAACGGGCUGGAGGAAGAGGCCUUGCCCAAGAAGAAAAGGAAACUAGCAGGAGAGACUGUCCAGCUGGACAAAAAGAAGAAGAAAAAGGCCAAGGAUUUGGAGGAGGAUUAGGGAAGCAGGGAGGAGCUGGAGCAGGGCCUGUGCGCAGCAUGCAAACUCGCAGAAGGGCUGGAGGUGCUGCGCUCAGCGCAGCUUUGGACAUGGCUCGUCAGCUGGUGUCCAGUGUUUCACGGCAGCUGCAGGUCCUAGAAUGUAACUCAGCGGGGCAGCCGCCAUUAAAUGACUUUUGGUACUACCUCGGUUCCCGGGUGAGGCCGUUUGCCCCGAGACCAGGCCAAGCCCGGUGCAUCAUCUGGGCCGCUGCUCGAAUGAGCUUUGUUCUGCCUUUGACACAGCGUUGGCUCUCAGCUGCCUGGGAGGCCUGGCCAGGGCCGGGGGGGGGGGUUGGGGUUGUGGUGUGGCUUUGCCCCCGUCUCUGGGGGACAUCUGCCACAGCAGCACCACCCACGGUGCGGGCAGAGCCCUGGACCAGGGCAGGGGGCAAGGAAACAGCUCCCAGCGUGACUGAACCUCAAUAAACGCUUGAGGCUGUU